AUGUCCACAGUUGGUGACAUUCUCUCUCUUGUACAGCAAAAUACAAUUCGUUAUGGAUAUCCGUUUUUACUCGUCCUAGGCAACGUCGGCAACAUGCUGUGCAUUGUUGUGUUUCUUCAAAAAAACUAUCGACAAUCGUUCAGCUCAUGGUAUUUGCUUGCUGCCGCCGUGUUUAGUAUUGUGGGUGUCAGCUGGGGAAUCGGUACGAAUAUGUACGCUGUUUACCAGCCACCGGAUCCGUUCAUUAUGUCAGAUGCUCUUUGUCGCAUUCGAGGUUACCUCCUUCAAACUUCGUCGGUUCUCACUCGAACAAUGAUUAUCUUAGCAUGUGCAGGUCGUGUGGCAGCGAGUUCCAAUCGAGUGCGUAUCCGUCAACUCAAUCAACCAAGAGUCACAGUAAAAAUAAUCGCUGCUACAACUCUUUUUUGGAUGAUCAUUUCGAUUCAACUGCCUAUUUUUCAGCGCAUUGAGAUGAAUCGAUGUGCUACAUUCGGAGUGUUUGGACUUUGGUUCAAUGCAUAUCAGAUCUUUCUGUUUGGACUCGUUUUCCCUAGUCUGAUGAUCAUUUUGAGCAUUCUCAUCUUGAAGAAUCUGAAAAAUAUUCGUGGUUCUGUUCGACCUCAGGAACAAGCCGACAACACGCAACAUCAUCAGCUGUUAAGUCGGCGUGAUAUGAAUCUACUAAGACUUACAAUUGCUGAAGUUAUAUCGUGCUUUGUUCUCAGCUUUUUGUAUCCAAUCAACGGCUUAUAUGGUGUAAUUGCAAGCAAUGUACCAAACAAGAUACCAGCAAUCACAGGUGGAAACAGCAAAUCAUUGGCAUUAUGUCCAAUUAAUGUGACUCAAGUAUAUCAUUCGACGCUCGUCCCUGCGGUUUGGCCUGUUUCUUACCAUGGCACAGGGCAACACAAUGCGUUGGACAUUGCUGAAGAAGAUUAUAAGCUGAGUAAACACAAACGAUUUUUGCAUGGUAAAGGGAUUUAUUCAUCUCCAGCACCGAAGGUCGCCCAACAAUAUGCAACUAGUUUUGAUCGUAAAGUGAUCCCAAAGAAGGAGACAGGUGUAGGCACCUAUAGGUUAACUGCAGCGGAUGAAGAUGAAGAUAUAGAAGAAAGUGAAUUCAUCCGCCCUUAUGGUUUGUGCUUAUUCAAGUAA